AUGGACGACCGGACUGAGCAGCCGUCUGAAAUCCCACCCUCCCCACCAACACGGCGGCACAAGAUGCGGCGUACACUGGGUUCGGUACGGAAAGGCAUCCCUCCUCGUCAUUUCACCGACCCUGUCGUAAGGCUGAACAAAGACGAAGCCUACGGGAGCAUUGUUCCGUCGACUGCCUUCUCAAAUAUAUCACCACUGUCGAACAUCUCCACCUUCGAGAUCGAUCUACCUCAUGGAACUCCCGUGUUCACUUCAACUCCUCCCUCGUAUGGCCCUCCACAGCACCGUUUCACCAUCCCGAAACGUAUUUCUGUUGCUCCUUCGGACCCCACAACCGCCAGCUCCGACAAUGACACAAGAGUAUUUACGGACGACGACUCUAUGGACUUUCACAGCGAUACAGCGUAUGACUCUCUGGCCACCCGAGCCACAGCCAGUAGUCAUUCCGGCUUCCGUCAACCUAAGAUAGAAACGAUAUUUGAUGAGAUGUCUGUGGACCAGCAGCCCGGUGAGACAAACAGCAUCGAACAAAUGAUGCAACGAGCGACACUGAAUGACGAUGUGCAUUCCAUCUCACAGGAGGGAGCAAGUGGACCGAGUACGAUUGGCAUGGGUAUUCAUGGUUUCGAAAACAACGAGCACAUGCAAGGCGUCAGCCCCAACCAGGCUUCCACUCCAGUCAAAAGCCACACGACGGAUGGGGAGGAUUCGGUUUCAACUCCUGUGCCAAGAAAGGUGCAUCCUGAUUUGGCUACCUUGAAUUCUUCUCCGCCUACGGCCCAUCUGUUUCUUGGAUUGCAACAUAGGGAGCCAGAGCUUCCCACUAUGAUGGACUUGGACGUCGAAGAUGAUAUAGACUGGUCGCCCAAGUCGGAUAGAGUCAAAGAAGAUGUCCCAACCAACGUGUCGUCGAGUCCCCUGCAGAGUCAAUUCGACCGUGUCUCAGAGGACGACUUCGAUGAGCAACGGUCUAUCAAGAGGUCAUCAAUCUUUGACUGGUCAGAACAGUCCAAAUUGGGCAGCGACCAGUCUAAUGGCAUUAGUCCACGACCUCAAACAGUGCACGGGAAACACGGCACGCACGCUGGGCGGAGUCGAGCUUCUGGACGGAAGACCAAUGCAGCCAUGCACCUUCGGAGCCAGAGUGUACCGGUCAAUCGAGACACUUUCACCGAGAUUGAUGCGCCAUCAUCCGCCACCAAGUUCGGUACAUGGGCACUUGGGAGCAAGCCUGUCAGCGAGGAAUGGAGCGAUGAUUUCGAGUUUGACGAUGCCGAAGAGAUGCAGGAAGCUUUGUCGCAAAAAGACGAAGAGAAGGCAAAGAAUCGGGAGUCGAUCCGAAGCGUCAAAGUGCCCCAGUCCAUCAUAGACCGCCAGCAGAGUGUGCACAUGCAAUUUGGUCAGGUGCGAGAUUUCAUGCUCUUGGUUGAAGAGCUUAAAAGGCUUCGCGUCCGUGGGGCCGACCUAGGCUUACUUGGAGGCUACUCACGACAGUUAUGGGAAGACGCAGAAAGCAUCAUCGACCUCGCUACGGUCAAUGAGGAUGACGGAGCUUUCCCCCGGCCGCCUUCGCCGGUAUCAUCUGAUAUUUUUGGUGACGAGACACCACCGCCCAAAAGGACCACCGAAGACGAUCUCGGACGAACGAUUAGCCGACGUUCCAUCUCCAGCCCGGCAACGCCUCCCUACGGACGACCACGUGGGGAGAGCUUGCAGACUAAGAGCUUUCUGCAGGCCAUCCAUCACAACCGGACCGCGGUGGAGUCAUCACCUGUGGAACGGGCAACCCCUUCUCAUGAUCUCCAUAAACUGCCUUUCGACACGCAAGAUCUCAGAGAUCUCGUGGUCAGAGCAGGAGUAAUCACUCGAGCGCUGAAGGAGAUUGUCCGAAAGGCCGAAGGAGUGUCCCUAAGCCCUGAACGGCCGGUGCAUAAAUUUCAAGAGCCGGUAUUCCGGCAGAUUUUCGAGCCGCCGAACUCUCCCAGUCCAGGGCUGAGAAAGCCCGGGCUACCCAAAAGCAGGAGUGCGAAUAGCUAUCUUGACGUGGCUAGCACAUCUUCCGACCACGACCAUCCCCAGCCGUUGACUUUUACCACGGUUGUUGAAGCUAAUUGA